GGCGUGGCGGGGCCGGAGCGGGACCGGGAGCGGUGACACAGCGGGGACGGGACCGGGACAGAACCGGGGCACAACCGGGACAAAACCGGGACAGAACCGGGGCAGAACCGGCACCCAGCGGGGACUGAGGCGUCACCGAGCAGCCGCAGCCAUGUCCAUCCUGGCGUACAACGGCGGCGCCGUGCUGGCCAUGCGGGGCCGGGGCUGCGUCGCCGUCGCCGCCGACCGGCGCUUCGGGAUCCAGGCGCAGACCGUGAGCACCGACUGCCGCCGGAUCUUCCCCAUGGGCCCGCGGCUGCUGCUCGGCCUGGCGGGGCUGGCCACCGACGUGCAGAGCGUGGCGCAGCGGCUGAAGUUCCGGCUGAACCUCUACGAGCUGAAGGAGGGGAGGCAGAUCAAGCCCCAGACCUUCAUGAGCAUGGUGUCCAACCUGCUCUACGAGAGGAGGUUCGGGCCGUACUACGCGGAGCCGGUGAUCGCGGGGCUGGACCCGCUGAGCCUGGAGCCCUUCAUCUGCUCGCUGGACCUCAUCGGCUGCCCCAUGGUCACCCAGGACUUCGUGCUCAGCGGCACCUGCUCCGAGCAGAUGUACGGCAUGUGCGAGUCCCUCUGGGAGCCCGACAUGGUCAGUGACACCGGGGACACCUGGGGGGACAUGGGGACACCUGGGGACACUUUUUAA